AUGCAGAUUCUCUCUCUCUCUCUCCUGGCCUUAGCGUCAGUGGCGCAAGGUCAACUCGCCGGCAGCGUCGGUCCCAGCAGCAGUGCCAGCGACAAGGCCCAGACCAAGACCUGCAACGUCCAGGACUACGGUGCCAAAGCCGACAAGUCCACCGACAUCGGGUCGGCCAUCGAGUCGGCCUGGGACGAGUGCAAGGAGGGCGGCGUCGUCUAUAUCCCGCCCGGUGACUAUGCGCUGGCUAGCUGGGUGACCUUGACUGGCGGCAAAGGGACGGCCCUUCAGCUGGACGGUAUCAUCUAUCGCACCGGAGACGAUGGCGGUAACAUGGUGAUGAUCGAGCACACCAGCGAUUUCGAGCUGUUCAGUAGCACCGCGCGCGGUGCCAUCCAGGGCUCCGGAUAUGAGUUCCAUGCCGACGGCUCGCUGUCGGGACCGCGCAUCUUGCGUCUUUAUGAGGUGGAGAAUUUCUCGAUCCAUGACCUCGCCUUGGUGGAUGCCCCAGCAUUCCAUCUGUCCCUGGAUACAUGCAGCAACGGCGAGUUGUACAACCUGAUCAUCCGUGGAGGAGACUCGGGUGGACUGGACGGCAUUGACAUCUGGAGUGAGAACAUUUGGGUUCACGAUGUCGAGGUUACCAACAAGGACGAGUGCGUGACGGUCAAGAGCCCGGCGCACAACAUCCUCGUGGAGAACAUCUACUGCAACUGGAGUGGCGGAUGUGCCAUGGGUUCGCUGGGCGCCGACACCAACAUCAGCGACAUCCACUACCGUAACGUGUACACAUGGAACUCGAACCAGAUGUUUAUGGUCAAGAGCAACGGCGGCAGUGGCUCCGUAUCAAACCUGAUGCUGGAGAACUUUGUCGGUCACGGUAACGCGUACAGUUUGGAUAUCGACUCGGCCUGGGAAAGCAUGGAUGCCGUGGAAGGAGACGGAGUGUCGAUGAACAACGUCACUGUGAAAGGUUGGACAGGUGGAGAGGAGGACGGAAGCCAGCGCGGGCCUAUUAAGGUGGUGUGUGCAGCCAAGGCGCCCUGUACGGACGUCACCAUCGAAGGGUUCUCCAUGUGGACGGAGUCGGGUGACGAGCAGUCCUACGUCUGCGAGAAUGCAUUUGGCACGGGCGCAUGUCUCGAAAACGGCGACUCGAGUGCAACAUACGCAUCGACCGUCGCAGCGACGGCCACUCCGUCCGGGUUUGCGGCGCCCCGAAUGCGGGACGACCUGACUUCCGCAUUCGGCACGGAUGCCUCUAUUCCCAUUCCCACGUUGCCGGCGUCAUUCUUCCCGGGCGCAAAGCCCAUUUCGGCCAGAGCGUCGAGUUCAGCGGUGGUUUCGGCGUCGGCGACUCCUUCUGCGACUCCGGGGUUGUAA